AGUUUGGAAAUAGGGCUUAACUAUGCAUAUCAGAUGCUAAUCGAGUGGUGACUGACUGUUCGUUUAUUUGUUUGCGCAUUUCGUUAUUUUAUUUUCAUUUAGUCCGUUAACGCCGAGCUGAAUAAACGCGAAAUCGCAUAGCCAUUGAUAAAAUCAUCGAAGUGCCUUUACGAGCUAUAUGAAGCGUGUGCAAAUCAUUGGAAAAAAAAUUGAAAAGUGCCUAAAUGAUGUAGUGGCGGCUCAAUAAAAAAAUGGUUUUUGACUUUGUACCACAACAACUGGCUCCAUUUGGAUGCCGAACUGCCACCAGCAGUAGCUGCAAUAUCAGUAGCAAAUGUUAUUUCAAUUGUUCAUGCUUCUGUUGCCGUCAGGGAUGUUGCACUGUCAUAUCUUGUUGCUGCUGCUAUUGCAGCAGCGAAUUGAGUAUCAACUUGUGCUGCAGCAAUCUCCGCCGUUCAUCACCUACUACACUAAAGCCUUUACACAAAAAGUGGAACGGCAGUCUAAGCGUAAUUCCAGCAAUAGUCCUGUCAAUUAUAUAUCAUUGGUUAGUUCAAAUCAUAAGGAUAUUAGAAAGCGUCUUGCUGCUGCAUCGUAAAAAAAAGAAUCCGCUAGGAGUAGCAAUUAUAAGACGCUUACACAGUGUAUGGAAGACAUCACCGAGUGUUAGUAACAGUGCCAAUCCUCAGUGCUUAGAUCUCCGAAAGGAAUUGAAAGAGCAAUGUCGACAUGUACAUAUGUGCUAUGAUAUUGCCAAUGAUCAGCAGUUAAAGUCGAACAAUUUAUGCAAAAUGUUUUGCAACAACCGUAAACGACAACGAAGGCGUAAGCGAAGGCGUAGAAGACGUAGGCACAACAAUAAUAACAAUAACAUUGGCAACAGCAAGCAAACAGCAAGCCACAAUCGAAAAAGGCAGCAGCAACCUAAUAAACGAUGUGAUAUUCGAUGCUGCCAAAGCAAUAUGCCUCCAAACUUUAGUCUAUCCAAGGCUACUUCUGAGAAUAUGCCUGGAUCUAUGUCAGCCCUCAGUGAAUUCAUGUACUCGUGGACAUUAUCGCACUCCCAUGUGCAUUCUAUAGACACUUUGCCACGGCAUUGCUUUAAGGCAAACCGGAAUCGUGCAAAUUUUGUUUGGCUGUUAAUUGGACUCUUCUGGCUGGAAGUAAAACUAAUCAAUUGCAAUACAAUCAAUGUGAACAGUGGUGGCUAUGUCUCGAAUCUUGCAAUCGUGCAAAAAGCAUGUACGCUAUGUCAACUUGAGAUGGCAAACAUUUACGCAGAUAAAGAUAACCCUCACAUAGACUACAACAAUAACAAUAACAAUAACAAUAACAUGUACAAUAACAAUGACUUCAACAAGGUAAAAAUGAGUCGUAUCCAUAAGAAACCUGAUGAUCACAACAACCUCAAUACCAACAAUAACGAUCGUGUGCGUUUGGAGUCAAUAAAACGACAGAUACUCACCAAACUUGGACUCAGUCAGAAGCCAAAUGUAUCGCAUCCUUUGCCGAAACAAUUUAUCUGGGAGACGAUUUAUCGAGCGGAUGGUGGCCUUAACAUUGCGCAUGAUGACACAUUUCAGAUUAGUGGAAGCAGUCGAGUAAUCAAUAAAAAGCCGCCGAAACUGCGAAAUUUAGUGAUGAUCAAUGACUACAGUUAUAAAAAUGAUGCGAAACAAACACAUCGCAGAAAUUCCAAAUCAACGAAUUGGGUUCCACAUAAUCCAAGAACUUUAAUAGGAAUAAAAUCAGACUCUAAGGAGUGGCGAAAUAGGCAAAAUAAAAAGAGGAAUCAAAGGGCAAAUGCUUACAAUAAAUCAACAUAUCUUUUAGAUAUACAUCGUAGUAGUGAUAGUGUUAACACUAACUCGGAUAACGCGAACUAUCAACAACAGCAUGAUCCAAUGUAUUAUCGUAAUAUCAACAACGGAGAACAAAUACAUUCAAAACUGAAGGAUCUUAAUGCAAAUACUAAUAACAACGCUCCCACACAGUAUUAUACCAAUUAUGAAGAGGAAAAUAUGAUUCACGAGUCUAUACCUAUGGAUAUACCUGAUCAAGAUGCACUUGGAUUUGAGCGCGAAGACUUCUUUGGUAACACUCAAGAGAUUAUCACAUUUGCAGAGGAAGGAACACAAUAUCAUCAAUAUCGUAUAGUUGAGUUUUCUCCACAAAAAAACAUGACACCAAAUCAAAAGCUAUCUAUUCGAAGUGCGCAAAUGCAUUUACGAAUUGAGAAACACCGUAAUGGCAAGGAUGCAACAUCACCAGGAAUUAAUUUUCAAAUACAAAAAUUAUUUGAAAUAAAGGGAAAAAAGAAGAACCAUUACAUUGGAAGUGGAAGUGUGCCGCGCGAACGAAUUAAAAUAUGGGUAUUCCGUAUGACUGAUAACAUUAAUAUCACAGAAAAGGUAGUUGAUCAAGCUUUCUUAUUCCGGGCGUCAUUUGAAGUUGUAACCGACAAUUUGGGUUGGCAACGUUUUGACAUGACCGAAACAAUUAGGGAGUGGUACAGCGAUCACAAGAAUAGAAAUUUGCGUCUGUUGAUUGACUGCACGGGAUGUGGAAGCCAAUAUUCAUUGCACUUGUUCCCAAGGUCGUCGUCCAUCCAAGCAGCUUCAAAAAAUAUGAAAUCGGUGAAUAACGUAAAUCCGAAUCGCCCUUUUCUUGUGCUUCAUACCGAGCCAACAAGACCGAGACGUGUGAGAAGACGUGCUUUGGAUUGUGGUGGUACCACUAGUGGACAAUGCUGUAAGGAAUCGUUUUAUGUAUCGUUUAAGGCGCUUGGAUGGGACGAUUGGAUCAUCGCACCCCGUGGGUAUUUUGCAAAUUAUUGCCGUGGCGAAUGCACUGGGCCUUUUCGAACUCCGGAUACAUUUCAAACAUUUCAUACGCAUUUCAUAGAAGAAUAUCGAAAAAUGGGACUGUUAAAUGGAAUGAAACCCUGUUGUGCUCCUGUCAAGUUCUCGAGCAUGUCGUUGAUCUACUAUGGCGACGAGGGUAUAAUUAAACGUGAUUUGCCAAAAAUGGUUGUUGACGAAUGCGGCUGUCCUUAAGAUACUUUUUGGAUCUUAUUCUGGACUUUCGUAACCAUGAUAUCUUCCGUCUGUCAAAAUUAUAUUAUUUUGGACAUGAGUUCAUUGGAAACAUCGAACAGUUUAACAAGUGUGUCACACAUAUGUUAACAAAAAUCUUGAAAAUUUACUAAUUUUGUGUACGUAUUUGAAUGUAUUAAAAAUUAAUACGUUGAUAAUUGAAUGGAUUAAAUGAUUUUCGAAUGUACAAGUAGAACUCAUUAACAAAAGUGCCUCUAUAAUAUGCGAUCGAUCAACUGUAUACAUAAACAUUGUAAACUGUUUUAAUUUAAUAACAACAAUACUAUAAAAUUAAUUAUUUAUAAAGUGACACUAUUUUUGUAGCUGUUUCCAGAAAUUCACAAAAUAAUUUGCCAAUAACUUUUACCUUUCACAUACGAAAAAAAAAAAAUUAUUUCUUUCAUUACAUUAAUGUUAGGGAGUCAUUCAUUCAGCAUAAGGUCAAUUACUCAGAAAUAUUUCCUGACUAAAUAAUCAUAUUAUCCUAUCCUCAAAGUUUAUGUAAAGUAUAUGUUCUUAUUCUAUUACAUGAUUAUUCUUAUUAUUCUUUUAGAAUAUUAUAUUUUAUUUAUAACAAUUUAUUGAAAUGUGUUUCAAAUUACAUAUAUGUUAUCUUUUUAUACCCUUCUACCCAUAGGGUAGAAGGGUAUUAUAACUUUGUGCCGACAGGAAAUGUAUGUAACAGGUAGAAGGAGGCAUCUCCGACCCUAUAAAGUAUAUACAUAUAUUCUUGAUCAGGGUCAACAGCCGAGACGAUCUAGCCAUGUCCGUUUGUCCGUCUGUGUGUCUGUCCGCAUGAACACCUAGAUCUCAGAGACUAUAAGAGAUAGAGCUAUAAUUUUUUUUGACAGCAUUUGUUAUGUUUGCACGCAGAUCAAGUUUGUUUCAAAUUUUUGCGACGCCCCCUUCCGCCCCCGCAAAUCAAAAACAUCGAAUAACAAGCGUAAUUUUAAAGCUAGAGUUACGAAUUUUGGUAUAUACAAUAAUAACUAUAGUAGUUAUGAUUCCUGAAAAUUUGGUUGAGAUCAGAUAAAAUUGUCGAAGUUUUUAAAGAAAUACUUUUGUAUGGGCAAAACCGCCUACUUACUAGGGGUCUUAGUUGCUUUGGCUGACAAUCUAUAUUGUGCCAUCUAUGGUAUAUUUUGAAUGCGGUAUUAUAUCGAUAUACCACAUAUACCAUUUGGUAUAUUUUUAGUAUUUUUGCAGUACAUUUUGUAUAUUUUGAGAAUAAUACCGCGAAAUAUAUUUCUUUUAUUCAAAAUGGGUAGCGGGUAUCUCACAGUCGAGUACACUCGACCUGUAGCUUUCUUACUUGUUUCCAUUCAAAUUUGAAUUGUCUGAUGCUAAAUUUAUGAACAAUUGUCAAAGUAGUUGGUAAUGUAUAUUAUUAAACAAGAAUAUUUUUUUAGUUUUAAAUUUAACUGAGUUUAUUCAGAACACACAUAGUUAUUAGUUUGAAUUAUUAAAUUACAAAAUCAGUUUUUACCCAUUGGGUCCACUUUUCAAACUUCAACUGACAUUUCAACUCUCCAAUAUAUGUGUUAUAUAAUAUAUAUGUAUUGUUACAAAAGUCAUAUGUUUGAAAUGUACUUUUCUUGAUUACAUUUGAAAAUGAGUAAAAUCUACUAUCAAUAACCGUACUUGAGAAUAUCUCCGACCAAGGUUUCAGCACAUCCUUGAGAAAAAUUAAAGAUUAAAAAAAAAAAAGUCUUUAUUUUAUGGCCUUGAAAAGUCAUUGGGUGCAAUAAACCAUAUACAAACCUCUCUUCGACAUCAAUAAAAUUUAACUAAUCAUUUGCUACACCUGUUUAGUUCAAUAAUUUCUCCCUAUCAUCAUGGAUUAUGAAUCGGAGAUCCAUUAUUUCUUAUCUGCCCGAGUAUGUCUCGUUUGCUAUCAAAGAAUUCCUUAAUAACGAAUGAACUGGUUUUAUAAAUAGAGAUUUUACCAAAGCUUUCGGCUCCGUUAAUCAUUCCCUUAAUCUUAUUGGAUGCCCAAUUAAUUUGUUAUGCUAGAUAUCAAGCCAUCUAAACCAAAGCGCCCAAAUAUUUGAUCUAAUAAUUUUGUUACUAAUACGUGCAUUACGAGUUACUUCUCGUGUUCUUCAGGGUAGUUAUCUCAGCUCUUCACUUUUUAUCACAAUUUGAACACAAUCUCGGGAACUAAUAUACGCAAAUUAUGUUAAAUUAUGCCUACAUACAAACAAUAUCGAGUUGCAAGCAAUAUCUUGAUGCUUUUCAGUUAUGAUGUAUGUGAAUUUGAUAAAGUUCAACUGUUUUGUUUUUGUCCUUCCAUAGAGCCAAUCCGUAUUUGGCUUCUCUCUUAAUGAACGGUAAAUAUUUGGAUAGAAUGACUGCUGUUUUUGAGAUACUCGCUACUCAUACUUAAUUCAUUAAUUUGGUGUCUCUUCAAUAUAUGUUGUCUUUUUAUAUAUAUAUUAUAUUUAUAAACAAAAUAAAACAUAGUAAUGACAACGGCGAAUAUAUGUACUUACAUAAUAAUGUAUCCACUCCAUUUAUCACCUAAAUAAAAUAAAAAUCUAUGAAUACCAAAACAUUCAUCUCGAUCUAAGAAUCAAGCAAAAUAUAAUCUAAUUAUUACAUCUAUAACUUUCAAGCUAAUAAUAAUUAUUAAUUCUAUUAUCUCAACUUUAUAAUAUUUACAUAAGUUAAUAACUAGAUAAACUGUAUUUGUUUGUAUUCAUUUAACCAAAAAAAAAUCUGUGUAUACAAAGGAUUCUUUUCAUUAAAUCAUAUUUAAAAUUAUAUAAUCUAUAUAAAUCAUGACAUGUACGUAUGCAUAACGUAUACAAAUGAAACACCUAGUUUACAAGAAAUAAAGUUGAUUAAGAGAAAAAAUA